AUGCACGACUUGAUCAACAAAGUGGACCGAUACGCAUCCUUGCUGAAAGAAGAGGUGCAGAAGAAGACGGCUUCAAAAGGGACUUACUAUCGGAAUCCCGUUGUCAGCUAUGCCGAAGCAAACAAUCCCGCAGAGGCCAAGGGCGAUGAAGUUGAGAUGAGCGCAGCCGAAGUCAGCAUAGACAAGUCAUUUGUCUGCAAAGGACUUGUCAAGGCCGACAACAGUCGCACCUAG